AUGAAUAUGUUUGAUUCGAAAACAAAGCUUCUAUACUAUUAUGCAUCAAUAUUAUUGAUCUUAUCAUUCUUAAACCAAGUAAAUGGACGCAUAAUCGAUACAGGUGUGCUUCGCAAUGUUUCCGCUAAUGCCCGAUGGGAACAGAAUGGAGUGACUGUUGCUGGUGGUCAUGGAAAAGGAAAUGCUAACGAUCAAUUUGAGUACCCUUACAGUCUCUUCGUUGACGAUGAUCAAAUGAUGAUCAUCACUGAUUCCGGCAAUGACCGUAUCAUUCAAUGGAAGAUGAAUGAUACGAAUGGAAAAGUGGUAGCUGGUGGUCAUGGUAAAGGGAAUCGAUUGAAUCAAUUGAAUCGACCAACUGAUGUGUUGAUCGAUGCAGAGACAGACAGUCUUAUUAUUUGUGAUAAAGAAAAUCGACGAGUCGUACAAUGGUCUCGUCGUAAUGGAACAACUCAAGGAGAAAUACUUCUUGACAACAUCAGUUGUUACGGAUUGGCCAUGGAUAAUCAGAGAUAUCUCUACAUAUCUGACUACCAAAAACAUGAAGUAAGACGAUAUCAAAUAGGAAACAAGAAUGGAACUAUUGUAGCCGGUAGGAAAAAACGAGGUGCUGGUGUCAAUCAACUCUAUCGGCCGACUCAUAUCUUUAUCGAUCGAGAAAAGGCUGUCUACGUGUCAGAUACCUUCAAUCAUCGUGUGAUGAAAUGGAAUAAAGGUGCAAAAAAAGGUAUUGUUGUCGCGGGUGGUCAUCGUGCAGGAAUGGCUCUGACACAAUUGUGGCAUCCUAGCGGUAUAUUUGUUGAUACUCUGGGUACCAUCUAUGUGGUUGACUCGUCGAAUCAUCGAGUGAUGCGUUGGCCUAAAGAAGCGAAACAGGGCACUGUCCUUGUGGGUGGAAAUCGUGGCGAGCGAGCUAAAGAAUUGGUAAAUCCCAAUGGUUUGUUCUUCUAUGGUCAUGGCAAUAUCUAUGUCGUCGAUAGCGGAAAUCAUCGAGUUCAACGAUUUUCUACCGAGGUUGCUCUGUCAAAUGGAAACAAUAUGGUUAGCAUUGCAUCGAAUUACUCAAGUUCAUUAGACAUGCAUAGUUCGACAUUUACUCGCAAGGGAGGUGUAGGAAUCUUUUAUUUUGAAGCAAUUCACAUAACACCAAAAAGAACAGGCAAUUACACAUUUCGAAGUUACAGUACGAUAGACGGCUAUGGUUAUUUGUACAUGAAUCCAUUUGAUCCAUCGAAUGUUACGUCUAAUCUUCUUACAUCUGCUGAUGAUGAUGAUGAGAGUGGUACAAGUGAUCAAUUUUUUAUUUCAUACACGCUUCAGGCUGGAAAAUCAACUAUAUUAAAAUCUCAUCGAUCACCAAUAUUUAAUAUGAAAAUUAUGUUUCAUCGAAAAAAUAAUUCAACUGUUUAA